AAUUUAAUCGGUACCCGAAAAUCAUGGACGGUGGUCGAUGGCCAUGUCCAAGUCAAAACGCAGCUUCCCUCGAAUCACGUCAUUACAUGAUGGAUUGCUCCGUUGCCGCUGGUCUAGCUUUUCUUCUUCAUCUUCCUCCUUGACCUUCUCUCCAUAUUUUUUUAUCUUGGCAACUGCAAUCCUCCAAAACAAUUCCACGUUCGAAUUUCUCUCCUCGAUUUGAUUAAUAGACUCGGUUGUUUCUAUGCUACGCCGCCGCCGCCGCCGCCGUCAACCACCACUAAAAACCCAAGACCGUUUCUGCUUGUUUCAAUUAUCCUCAUGUGCAAAUCAAGAAAAGGCACAGACGUAAACAACUCUCUAACCCCCAAAUCCCGUCCUUCAAGAUCAGCUUCUGCUGCAAAUCCAUCUUCAUCGUUAUCAUCAUCAUCAUCUAGCAAUUACCCAAGUUUCAAUUACCCAUCAUCAUCCGUUAAUUACUCUUCUUCAGGAUUCUUUAACCACAAUAAGGACACUUCGAAAUCGUCUUCUUCUUCCAUCUCAAGCAAACUCUCUCUCAAAAGCCUUAAAGAAGCUUUUUUACCAGAGAACCCACACAUUUAUGAAUUUGCUGAUAUCUGCAGAGCCACUAACAAUUUCCUAGCAAAACCCUUUUCUUCCUCCUCCACUUCCACCUCUUGGCGCUGCCAGAUUCGCCGGAAAGAGGUGAUUAUUUUCCAGCGCAAGUUCCGCCGCCGUGACCCUAUCGAAUUACCGGAGCUCCAGCAGCGGCUAUCCAUCAUAUGUAGGAGUCAUCAUAGUAGCUUGAUUAAGCUUCUGGGUGCCGCCACAUCUGGGAAUUGUAUAUACCUUGUGUAUGAAUUCGUUAAUGGUGCUAAUUUAGCUACUUGCCUGAGAAAUCCACAGAAUCCCAGUUACACGAUACUGUCAAAUUGGCUCUCGCGGAUGCAGGUUGCUACAGAUAUCGCUCAUGGGCUCGAUUAUAUCCACCAUUGUGCAGCUUCAAAUUCAGGUUUUAUACACAAUCAUAUAAAAAGUUCAAGCAUUUUAGUAGCUGAAGAUUCGUUAAAUGCCAAAAUUUGCCAUUUCGGGACGGCGGAUCUCUGCGGGGAAUUAGAGGGGAGUGAAAGAUCAGAGGCGAGAACUUUAGGUAGGAGUAAUAGCAAAGGCAUGAAAAUUGAAGGGACGAGAGGAUACAUGUCGCCGGAGUUCCAAGCUAAUGGGAUUGUGACGCAAAAAUGCGAUGUGUACGCUUUUGGGGUGGUGGUUUUGGAGUUGGUCUCAGGGGAGGAGGCGUUAAGAUACGUGUUUGAUGAGAGCAGUGGAGGGUUUAGCAGAGUUAGCGUGAUUGAGAAGGCAAGAGAGGCGGUGGAUAGCGGGGCCGGUGGGGUGAGGAGCUGGGUGGAUAGGAGGUUGAAGGAUUCGUAUCCAGUGGAUGUGGCGGAGAAGAUGGUGGUGGUGGGGUUGGAGUGUGUGGUGGAGGACCCAGAGAAGCGGCCGGAUAUGGAGCAGGUGGCUGUUAGAGUGUCUAAAUUGUAUUUGGAAUCAAAAAAUUGGGCUGAGAAAAUAGGUAUGCCAAUUGAUUUCUCUGUUUCUAUGGCACCCAGAUGAAUGAAUCAUGAAUGAAUAGUGUAGUAGAAAAAUGGCAGAUCAAUAGGUCACUUUGAUUUCUUGAAAUUUUUUUUCUUUCCCAAUAAUGUAUAAAGAAAAUUCCACAGAGCCAUUCUUUUAAACAAAUGAAACAAAUCCUGACAGCUUCUAUUGUUAUCUGCAAUUGUUAUUAUUGCAUCAAGACUUUCACCUUUCCUUUCAUGUAGUUGGCCACCACUUGAUGUAUAGUAAUAGAGAAAUCCUUCCCCCAUUAGUUACUAGUCUCCUCCGGCGGUAGUUCUUAUAUAAUCAUAUGAGCUUGUGCUUUUUCCAACCUUCUUUUACUUGAAUUUGUAAAAUCAUUCUGGAUAAACGUGUAGUUUGAAACAAGUCUCACAAGUAUAGCAAUUCUUGUUGCAAUAGUUACAGAACCUAUCCUCUUCCUUU